AUGUUACGCAUACAAACCUGCUCAUUUUUAUUCUACAUAAUAGUAGCUAUCAUUAAUGCUAUUCCAAUUGAUAAUGGUGUCGAAGGUGAACCGGAAAUUGAAUGUGGUCCAACAGCUAUUACUGUAAAUUUCAAUACGCGUAAUAAUUUUGAAGGACAUGUGUAUGCUAAAGGAUUUUAUGACAAUCCAGAUUGUCGUAGUGAUGAGGGUGGACGUCAAGUAGCCGGUAUAACAUUACAAUUUGAUUCCUGUAAUGUGGCUCGGACAAGAACCUUAAAUCCACGUGGAAUAUAUGUUACUGUUGUUGUGGUAAUUACAUUUCAUCCACAAUUUAUAACAAAAAUUGAUCGAUCGUACAGGAUACAAUGCUUCUAUAUGGAAGCCGAUAAAACAGUUAGUACGCAAAUUGAGGUUUCCGAAAUGACAACCGCUUUUGCCACUCAGUUGGUACCAAUGCCUGUUUGUCGAUAUGAGAUCCUAGACGGUGGUCCAACUGGUCAACCUGUUCAAUAUGCCGCUCUCGGACAACCGGUAUACCAUAAAUGGACAUGCGAUUCGGAAACUGAGAAUACAUUUUGCGCUUUGGUACAUUCUUGCUAUGUUGAUGAUGGCAAUGGUGAUAGCAUCAAUUUGCUCGACGAAAAAGGAUGUGCCUUAGAUAAAUAUCUCCUAAAUAAUUUGGAAUAUCCAACUGAUUUAAUGGCUGGGCAAGAAGCACAUGUUUAUAAAUACGCUGAUCGUACGGAAGUUUUCUAUCAGUGUCAAAUAACGAUAACAAUAAAGGAGCCAAAUGGUGAAUGUGUUCGACCAGAAUGUCCUGAACCGCAAGGUUUUGGUGCUACAAAAAAACAGUCCGCACGACGGUCGCUCAGGAAACGACGUGACAUAAAGAGACAGUAUGACCCAGCCAAUACAUUGGACGUUAGGACCGGAAUGAGUACCUUAGAAGUCAUGGACGAAAUGGAUGAUGGUGUAUUAAAACAAAAUCAUAAUGAAUUAAUGGAUUUUUCAUCGGCACGCAUUGCAUUUAUUCCGGCACGUUUAUGCUUCUCAAACAAUAUAUUUGCUGUAAUUGUUGUCAUGCUUGGAAUAUUAUUAGGUGCUAUUUUCAUCGUUACAAUUUUCAUUUUUCGACCAAAGCAAUCAAAAUUAUGA